AUGGCUGUAUUCACUGAAAGCGGUGAUCUUCUGGGAAUCCAGAGGGCACAAAACAUCAAAUACAUGAGAGUCCUCCGUUGGGCUCUCAGAUGUAUCGCAGCCUGGCCCAACCAGUUGACUGGACACACAAACGAUACGAGGUUUACGAAAUGUUUUCUCAGCUUCACAGUGCUGGUUACUUUAGUUUCUGGAAUUUUGUUCAUCAAAAACAAUUUAGACAAAUUGACCUUCUUCGAAAUGGGUCACAAUUAUAUAACCGUUUUCAUGAACGUGGUAACAGUGAACAGAGGAUUUAUAAUUUUUAGUAAAAAUUACACAGAAACAUUUACACAAUUCGUCAAUGAGAUUCAUCUGUUCAACCACAGGAAUAAAUCACCUUUCUUUAUGAAGAUGCACCAACAAAUUCACAAGCUGUGUCAUUUUUUCACUAUGUACAUGAUGGCUGUUAUGCUAUGGGGACUAAUUCUCUUCAACCUUGUACCACUAUACAAUACGAUAGCCAAUGGUGCAUUCAUUCCAUCCCAAGAAAAUGUGACAUAUGAAACCUCCGUCAACUAUGCAGUGCCUUUCGAUUAUCAGCACAAUCUAUUGUGGUUCAUAGUGAUAAAUAUUUUCAACUGGUACAUAAGCUACGUAGCUUCGACAUACUUUUGUGUCUUCGACUUGUUACUAGCUCUGAUGAUGUUCCACUUAUGGGGACAUCUGAAAAUUCUUAUUUAUAACCUGGAGAACUUCCCGAGACCUGCGCCCAGUUGCGACCCUAUAUAUAGUCAGUACAAACACUAUACCUUCGAAGAGUUAAAGCACGUUCGUCAACAGCUGAAGGACAUUGUAGUUCACCACAACCUGAUUUUAAAGUACACAGACGAUGUGUCCAAUUCCUUCGGCUACAGCAUAGCUCUGAGUUACGCGUUUCACCAGGUCAGCUGUUGUGUUCUUCUCGUAGAAUGUUCACAGCUGGAUUCAAAAGCGCUGAUUCGUUACGGACCUUUAACGUUAAUAUUGCUUCAACUUCUAAUACAGAUGUCUGUAAUAUUCGAGCUCAUCAACUCAUUGAAUCAACGAUUAAUAAAUGCUGUGUACUACCUGCCCUGGGAAUAUAUGGACACAAGCAACCGAAAAUCAGUAAUUGUUAUAUUGCGUCAGGUUCAGAUCCCAAUGGGGCUGAAAGCCUUGGGUAUGGUCGAAGUGGGGUGUCGGACGAUGGUCACGAUUCUUAAAACUUCAAUAUCAUACUUCAUCAUGCUCAGGACGAUGGCACUGAAGGAAUAA